UGAGUAGCUGUCGGAUCUACUCUUACCUUUACUUUCAAGGUGGGGAGAUAGCUGGAUCUUCCCUCCUUACAUCAGCGUUGACACCUAGGAAGGGGUUCAAUCCGCGCUUUAUGAAACCUUUAAAACUGUUUCCCGUGUAGAAGACGCGUAAAACCUUGUUCCCCAAAGAACAUAUCUCUGGACUGUACAGACAAGAAAUUCACCUGGAUUAUAAAGAAUCUGAGGGAUGGAUCCUCUGUUUGGAUUGCCAGCUAUGAAGGACACGAAGGCCAUGGACGCUGCACGAGCAAGGAACAAGUCAUACGAGCGCCACCUGGUGAGGACAAUUAAUACCCUCGACUCGGAGUUGAAGACCAAGUCCUGUAAACUCCAGCACACUGUGAGUGACCUACAACAGUUCAUGUCGAACAUUAAUCCCAGAUCUGCUAAAACCAUCAUCUACCCCCGUGGUUUGUCAGACGAGCAGAAACACAACUACAGAGUAUUACGACGAGGAAGCAUUCCGAGUAUGAGUCUGGAUGAAUUUGACAUGCGCAUGGAGGUAAAACGUGAAAAACGUGCGCAGACAAGGAGGCGACCCAAACCGGAAGUAGAGAAGGAAGUCGAGAAGAUUGUUGACGUUGAUGCGCAUUCGUUCUGCGCACCGUUUCACAAACACCGUCAGACAAUGCGGGAAGCGUAUGACAGAGCAACGUCGAAUGACGUCAGGUUUUCAGAAACUAAACAAGACAGAUCCAACAAAACCGACAGCCAUGACUUGAGGUCGAGUUCUUCUGGCGGAAUGGUGUUACACCAUGUUAGUGUCGACACCCAGAUAAGGCCAAACACCAUUUGCGUGACUACAAAACGACGUGAUGACGGUAACAACAGCCGCGACAACAACUCGACAUUGGACUCCCGUCUCCAUCAGAUGAUGCAGAGGGGGGUGAACAAUCUUGAUUCCUCGGAGGAUGAAGACUAGCAAGACCAGUUCUCUUAUAAUCAACGCCCGUGCAUCUCACAGAGCACGAACCUUGUGUGCUGAUUAGGGACCGAUCGCUCGCAUAUUAGGAACUCCUCCUCCACUCUCUGGAAUAUCAAAAUUGGCGACCCCUAACGUCAAGUCAGUUUGUAUGUCAACGUCUUUAUGGUUUACUGUAUCAUCAAAUGCUACAACGUUAUGUAUGGCUUACAUACACAUGAAGAAAUCAACACAGUGAUUGCAAACAGUUUUGGAAGACAGUGAAAAGGGCCAUACAGAGACGUCCACUGAGAAGUUAUAUAUCUCCAAGUGACUGGCUGAUUUACUUCAGAUAUCUUCUUAAUCACUUACAAGGAACUGAUAAUAAUGAGUUUGAUUGUGUUGUGGAGGAGUUUCUGCUCUUAGUUGAUUUGCUUGUUCUUCGUUACCGAGAUGUUGCUAAAAGUGGGUAAAACCAUAGUAUACUCAUUCACUCACUACUGAGUUACAGCCUUGAUUUGUUCGAUUUUCACGCAGACAACCCGGUUUUCAUGAUCAAUAUGGGUAUAUUGUGUGAUCCCAUUCCUUAUACGACCACACUUAUCAACCAUUCAACAAUUCUUCGCUUUUAACAUAGCCACGACUAUUGAAGAUUCAAAGUUUCAAGCAAUGCUCUAUAAGGUGGUGACAAAUCAGUAGAUAGGUAGGCUACAUUUGGGCUGAUAUUUUAUUCCCUAUUUGUGUCUCGCUGUUAGCGGUUCAGUGAACGUUGAUUGUGUUGCAGACUUACAUCUACGACACGAGAUGAUUAACACGACGAUUCAAGAGCUCAGAGUUACGAUGACACAUUCACCGAACUACACGUAAAUGGUGUGUUCAUCUGGGGCUGUCGACCAUCCCAGGUGGCCAUCAACAAAACAUUAGGAAUGACUAGCCGAUGAAUUGUUUGUGUUUCUCGUGCCGAUAUUUGUGCAUUUUAUGUUUUAAAUCAUCUUGAUGCAAUAGACACGAUUGUCCUAGUAUUAUGAGCGCUUGGGAAACUGCACGGCACCAAUUUGUCACCGUUAGAGUAACUUAAUGCAUAUUUUAAGAGCGCUUCUUUUUACUGGCA